GCAGUUACAAAACCUUCGCUGCGGCGGUUGCAGGGAUGAAAAUCCCAGUCGUUCUUGCCGUGACGUGCAUCGAUGACUUUUCGGAAGCAGGUAUUUGGUGGGAGAGGAAUGAGAAAAUUUUGGAGGGCUUUGGGAUCCAGUUUGAUGCCCAUGCUUGUGUAUGCACGCUUCCUGGAGACUCCUUCCGUGAUCGCCGCUUGCAGUCAAAAAUCGACAUUUGCGAAAAAAUCUCGGAAUUAUGCAUUCAUGAUGGUGUUCGUGGGGUACAAUUUAAACACCCAAGACGCCAGAAGAGCUUGCCUUUUAUGAAAUGAAAUGUGUUGAAUUGUACUUACUGUAUUUUUAUCUCGCGGCCGGUCUAGAUUGUAUCCCUGCCAGCUGUCAUAUAGAGAUUCACGUAACUUGUUCAAAGCGGUUGUUUGGUUCCGGGGCCUUUGCCAAACACCCACUUAUGGGAAUCAUGACAGACUUCCUCGUCGGGAUUCACCGACACGUGCAGUACCUUCAACUCAACCUCAUGGAUGUCAUCCAGUCCAUCCUGGUCCGUGCGAUUGGCGACGAAGAACCAGAACUACCGCCGGGCUCACCUCCAACAUACAAGUUCGAGGGACCAUGGUUUACGACACAAAUCCUACUCGCUUCGACCAUAGGACUGUCAUCUUUCCUGAUUUUCUCGUAUUGUCGCUCACGAUGGCCAUUGAUAUAUGCACCAAGAACGAUGCUGAAAGACUUCUCGCCGCAUGAGGCACAUGCUCACCAGGCGUUUUUUGGAUGGAUCAUUCCAACCUUGAAGGUGUCUGAGUAUACUGUGCUCCAAAUAGUUGGGCUGGAUGCGGCAGUGCUCCUUAGCUUCUUCAAAACCUCCUUUUACCUCUUUUCCGUUUGCUCUUUAUGUGCUGUUACGAUCCUCAUGCCUAUUAACUGGAACAAUAACAUCGGCCUCGGAGGGGGCGCAGACGAAGACGAUAACGACUGGCCGGAAUGGAUCGCCACCGGUGGUGACGACCCAGUGACACCCGGACGGGACUGGCUCGACCUCAUCAGCGAUGCUAACUCAUACCUGACCAUUCAUUUUCUCUUCACGUACCUUUUCACUUUCCUGGCAUUGCGAUUUCUCUACAGGAACUAUCGUCGGUUCAUUCGCUCACGUCAGCUUUUCUCCCUCGAAUUGGUUCAUUCCAUUCCCGGAAGGACUGUCAUUGUGACUAAUCUUCCUAAUCAUCUUCGGUCCGAGCGGGCUCUCGCUGAAUACUUUGAAAAUAUGGGACUUAGCGUUGAGAGCGUGACGGUCUGCAGAGAAGUCGGCACCUUAAAGGUCCUUCUUGACCGUAGGACAAAAGCAUUACUGAAGUUGGAGAGUGCAUGGACGAAUUAUGUGGGGAAUCCAAGUGUGGUGGAGUCCUACGACCCGUCAGAGAAUGUCAUUCCCCCCUCUGAUAGAGAGCCGUCACUACUAGAAAACCAGCAAGGGCGUUUCGUCGUACCACAUCGCCAGCGUCCUACCAUACGACCAGGAUGGUUCUCCCGAAAAGUUGAUGCACUUGAGUACCUUGAAGCGAAGUUCACGGAGGCCGACGAGAAAGUCAAGAGGUGGCGUCGUAUCGGGAAAACUAAGGCAACACAAGUCGCCUUCGUUACAUUCGAGAAGAUGUCUAGCGCACAAAUUGCUGUUCAAGCAGCGCAUUCAUCUGACCCAGGGGAAGUGAAAACCCGCCCAGCUCCUGAACCGCGGGACAUUGUUUGGUCAAACAUUGCUUAUCCUCCAGGAAACCUCUUAGCUCGCGAGGUGUUUGUCGUCGGUUGUGUGGUGCUACUGCUAUUUUUCUGGAUAUUCCCCAUCACUGCGCUUGCGAGUCUGUUGAGUUACAAGGAGAUCAAGAAAGUGAUGCCUUGGCUUGCUAGACUUAUCGAUAGCAACGACAAAAUACGUGCCAUCGUACAGAAUUCCUUGCCGUCUGUGGCCAUGAUUACGCUAAACGCACUUCUACCGUUUAUUCUUGAAGGUGCGUCAUCCUACUAGACAUUUAGCGUAACUUAUGGUUG